CUCCCCCGCUCACCUACCCCACCGAGCUGUGAGUGGUGUGGUUGGUGCGGGCCCUGAGACCCACGUGGUGCGGAGAUUUGAGUGGCCAGCUUUGGUCCUCGCUGACUUUCAGGACUUUUGGGUCGGCUGGCAACGAAGAUGCCGAAGAUCAAGUCAGGGGCGAGCGGCCGCCGCCGCGAUCGUCUGCUACAGCGUCGCGAGCUGAAGAGUGCCGGAGGACUCAUGUUCAACACAGGGAUAGGGCAGCACAUUUUGAAAAAUCCUCUCAUUGUCAACAGCAUUAUCGAUAAGGCUGCCUUACGACCAACUGACGUGGUGCUGGAAGUUGGACCUGGCACUGGCAAUAUGACUGUUAAGUUGCUAGAAAAGGCAAAAAAGGUAAUUGCCUGUGAACUUGACCCAAGGCUAGUAGCUGAACUUCACAAAAGAGUUCAGGGCACACCUCUGGCCAGCAAACUGCAAGUAAUGGUGGGUGACGUGUUGAAAACCGAUUUGCCAUUCUUUGAUGCUUGUGUGGCAAAUUUGCCUUACCAGAUCUCUUCUCCUUUUGUCUUCAAGCUGUUGCUGCACCGGCCUUUUUUCAGAUGUGCAAUACUUAUGUUUCAAAGAGAAUUUGCUCUCCGACUGGUUGCAAAACCUGGAGAUAAGUUGUACUGCAGACUCUCAAUUAAUACACAACUGUUAGCACGUGUGGACCAUUUAAUGAAAGUUGGGAAGAAUAACUUCAGACCACCACCAAAGGUGGAAUCCAGUGUUGUAAGAAUAGAACCUAAGAAUCCACCGCCACCUAUCAAUUUUCAGGAAUGGGAUGGCCUGGUAAGGAUCACCUUUGUUCGGAAAAACAAGACACUGUCUGCUGCGUUUAAGUCAAGUGCAGUACAGCAGCUACUGGAAAAAAACUACAGAAUUCACUGUUCAGUCCAUAAUACUAUAAUACCAGAAGAUUUCAGCAUAGCAGAUAAAAUACAGAAGAUCCUAACCAGCACAGGUUUCAGCGACAAGCGGGCCCGCUCCAUGGACAUAGAUGACUUUAUCAGAUUACUACAUGGAUUCAAUGCAGAAGGUAUCCAUUUUUCUUAGGUCUGGAAGACAGAAUUUUUCAAACUCAAAAGAAACUGGAACUGUAUGUUUUUAAUAAUUUGAGAAGCUGAAGGAUGCUUUUCCUCCAUUGGGACACUGUGACAAUUUUUUAAUAUUACUGUUGUUACCAGUUAUUACUCUGCAUUUCUAAGGUAGUUAAGUAAGUCAGUUUAAGUACCCAAAUUUUUUUGGUUUGGGUUUGUUUUUAGUAUCUUACAUAGGCCAGAAGCCAAUCUAUACAUAAUUAUCUUCAAGUUCAAGAGCCGCAGACACGCACAACUUUACCCUUCAAUUUACCAUUUCUAACACGUUUUAUGAAGAUGUUACUUUUCUACUUUCUGUGGUAUAUAUUACUGUGAGGACCUCUUUAGACUUUCAGCUCUUUAGGUCUUUAUCCCUCAGGUGUAAGUUAAAAUACGCUUAACUGAGUCACGUGCCCACCAUACCACUUCCUUGUUGUUCUUGUGUAUAGCAAAAACAGUUUUCUUAAACUGCUUUAAUUUUGUUUUGUUUACCCUACACAACUUCUUUCAUUGCUUACCUCUUUAGCUAGCCUGUAACAUCAGCAUAUACACAGGGGCUUUGGGAAAGCUUGCAUCAGCUGAGGCCAUGUGGUGCCAGACGUAUUACUUCUGAGCACGAUUCCUGUAAAUGAGGAGGCUCAACUACAGUGUGAAAUGAAAUAUAAGAUGAUACAAUUUUUUUUCUUGGGGAGAUAGUCAUAGGUUUAAUGAAAUUUUCCAAAGGUUUUGUAAAUCAAAACGAUGCAAAAUUUAAAAUGUCUGCCCUUUGACUUCAAAACAAGCAAAAAACCUCAACCAGUCUUUUUCCCACAAGUAUAUCUCUAACUUCUGGAUGAUUAUUUUAGGGUAUUUCUGAAAUGUAUGGUUGAGAAUUUCAAUAGAUGUCAUAACCAAGUCUUAAUUAGCUACUAUGUUUUAGUCAUUACCAAUGUACUAAUUGUUAAUGCACUUUGUUAAAGAAUUAAACAUGUUAUUUUAUUUAUAUAAGGAAAUAAAAGUAUCUUCAUUGA